CACACUUGCCAAUUCAAUGACAGCCAGUCAGAAUAUAAUAUCACUGAUUUGACAGAGGGUCAUGAAAUAAAUUUUUCUUGGUGAAUGCUCAGUUGUUUAUUAACACUCUUCCAAAAUGCAAGUUCCAUAUGUUACUCUAAAUGAUGGUUAUAGAAUGCCGUUCUUUGGUCUUGGCACAUAUUCAUUGAAAGGAGAUGAAGCCGAAGCUGCUAUUGAAUAUGCUAUUGACAUUGGCUAUCGACAUUUUGAUACAGCAUAUCUAUAUAACAAUGAAAAAGAAGUUGGAAACGCAGUUCGAAAAAAAAUAAACGAUGGCACUGUAAAAAGAGAAGAUCUUUUCAUUACUACAAAGUUAAAUUUGAAAACACAUCACGAAAGUAUUGUUAUAGUUUCUUGCAAAGAAUCUUUAAGAAGGCUUGGCUUAGACUAUGUUGAUCUUUUCCUUAUACAUAGUCCAGUAUCCCUAAAGGAAACUGAUGAUAAUGAAAAAGUAUUACCUUCUGAUAUUGAUUAUAUUGAAACAUGGCGGGGAAUGGAGGAAUGCAAACGUCUAGGACUUGCUCGUAGUAUUGGAGUUAGUAAUUUUAAUUCUGAGCAGAUUGAAAGGUUAAUUUCUGCUGCGAAAAUAAAACCAGUUAAUAAUCAGAUUGAAGUAACUUUAAAUUUGAAUCAAAAAUCAUUGAUACAAUUUUGCAAAAAUCAUGAUAUCACUGUUACUGGAUAUUCGCCACUUGGUAAACCAAAUAAGCGACCACAUAUUAAAGACCUAUGGCAGCAUCCAAAGGUUCAGGACCUGUCGAAAAAAUAUAACAAAACUCCUGCCCAGAUCUCUUUAAGAUUUGUUCUCCAAAUGGGUGCAGCUCCGAUACCAAAGUCUUCUUCAAAGACAAGAAUUAUGGAAAAUUUCGACGUUUUCGAUUUUAACUUUUCGGAUGAAGAAAUGAAUGCACUUCAAGAUAUUGGAUCUGGAGACAGAGUAGUACCACUCAAUGAACUAAAAGACGCGAAGUACUAUCCAUUUAAUAUUGCUUAGUAAUGUUUACAACAUCCACUUAUUAUCAAGUUUAAACAACUGCUCUCAAUAAUUACAAGUCAAGGAAUCUGAAAUCAGCCCAAAACAAAUGUGUUGUGGUACAAGCCAAUACCAAAUAGUUUGGUAACAUUCCAACAUAUCAGGAGAAUUACAAAAAAUAUUGACACUACUAUACUACUGUGGAUCUACG